UAUAGUUAUUAAAAAAUUAUUCUAUUAUUUUAAAUAAAUUAUUUUAACUUAACAACAAUAACAACAACUACUACAACAACAACGAAAAAAUGGUCGCAAAAAAACUAACCGUUUUGUUUACACCAUUGAACGGCUGGGGACACAUAAACGCGUGUCACGGGUUGGCCUCUGAGCUCAAAAGGCGCGACCAUCGAGUAGUGUUUGCCAUCGACGAGGCCUUCAAAGGCAAACUCGAGCCGUUUGGUUUUGAAGAGGAAAUACAUGGCGACACACAGCCAACAGUUACCGGUGCUGAUGGUGGUGGUAGUAGUGGUGGUACAGCCGAAAUUCAAGAAUACUGGCCUCGGUUUAUGGCCGAAAACUGUCACUAUCUGUUGGAAGAUCCGAUAGUUAUUGCUGAAAAGUUUUUUUUGAGUGCGGCCAGAAAAAUGUUUGCCGACAGUAAGGACAGGGAGGCCCAGUACGCGGAUAUUAUUGAACGUGUUAAACCCGAUGUCAUAGUAUCAGAUAACUAUGUAGACAUACCGGCCAUCACUAAUUCGGGUAUACCUUGGAUUUGGCUGUUUUCGGCUGCACCUCAUCUGGCAUUUUUGGACAGUAGGAUACCUCCAUCGUGGUCAGGUUUACCAACAAAUGGUGAUCGCAAACAAUGGCAACAAUUUACUGAUAAAUGGAUUGAAUUGUUUAAAGAUUUUCAACAAGAAAUCAGUGAUUACUGUCAAUCAAGAGGUGCACCAAAACUGGAAGACAUGCGCUUACAUCCGAUCAGUCCGUAUCUGAAUCUAUAUCUCUAUCCGAAGGAACUGGAUUACGAGGAACUGUAUCCGAUGGCAAACAAUUGGAAACGUGUGGAAAAUUUUAUGCGCAUUACGAACGAUACGUUUAGCCUACCGUCUCAGUUGGCCAGUCGUCCAGGAAAACUAGUAUUCCUAUCGAUGGGAUCGUUCGGUUGCGCUAAUCUAUCGCUAAUGACACGACUGACCACUAUUUUAGGUAAAUCUCGGCAUCGGUUUAUCGUUUCGAAAGGACCACUGUUCGAGUCGCACGACUUACCCGACAACCAAUGGGGCCAACGAUUUCUACCCCAGACGGCUAUCCUGCCGCUGGUCGAUCUGGUCAUCACUCACGGCGGCAACAAUACAGUUACCGAAACCUUUUAUUACGGCAAACCUAUGCUAGUGUUGCCACUGUUUGGCGAUCAGUUGGAUAAUGCCCAGAGAGUCGAGGAAACCGGUCACGGAUUACGACUAAAUCCGUUCAAAUGUACCGACGAUGAACUGUUGUCGGCAGUGGACAGACUGGUGGCCGACGAUAAGCUGACAGCCCGUAUGCAAGCUAUUGGUGACCGAAUCCGCAGUUCUCCGGACAUAUCGGAUGUAUCCAAUUUUGUCGAAGAUUUGUGUCAAACAAAAUAAUUAUUAUUUUAUUUA